AUGUCCCUCACAGUUGAGAUCCAACUCGAGCAGCUGGCCCCGACCAUCAAGGGCGACGCCUCCUGGUCCACCGGCCCCAUCUACGUUGUGUGCGAUGUUGGCGGCACGAACGCGCGUGUCGGCUUUGCUCAAGGGGCGCAGCAUGACAGAAGCGGGCUGCACAUCAUCUAUGUCCGCUUCAAGGUGACGAAGCACGACAUCCGCCAGCUACUGGAGUUUUUCGAUGCGGUGCUGCAACACCUGAAGAAGAACCUGCCCAACCGCGCUGCCCACUUCCUGCGUCGUGUCGCGUCUGGUGCCGUGAGUGUGCCAGGGCCUGUCACCAACGGACAGCUCGGCGGGCCCUUCAACAACCUGAAGGGCAUUGCGCAGCUGGCGGACUACCCAGCGGAGCUGUUCCCAAAGGGCCGCAGCGCGCUUCUGAACGAUCUGGAGGCUGGCUCCUAUGGCGUGCUGGCGCUGAGCAACGCCGGCAUGCUGUCCGACUACUUCAAGGUCAUGUGGAAGGGCACGCAGUGGGAUGCGCUGUCGGAGGGCAAGCCCGUCGGCAGUACCAUCGGCCGCGGACGCUGCAUGGUCGUGGCCCCCGGCACCGGCGUCGGCUCUUCUCUCAUCCACUACGUGGGUGUCUCGGACAGCUACGUCGUGCUGGCACUGGAGUGCGGCUGUUUGUCCAUGUCUUGGUGCGCCAACGAGGACUCUAAGUACGUGCAGGCACUUGCCGGCUACAUGGCAUCCAAGGCGCGUGUGAAGGGCCUGGGCUCGACGGUGGCCCCCAUCUGGGAGGCUGCGACAAACGGUAGCGGGUUGGAGUUCAACUACGCGUACGAGAAGGAGGGGCCGAAGGCAUCCGCCCUCCUCAAGUCCGCUCACGAGGUAGCCAAGCUCGCCAAAGGUGGCAGCGACCCGGCCGCCAUGGCAGCCAUGGACCGUCUCUACAAGAACCUCAUGGGCCUCACGGCUGAGACGACGAUGCAGUUCUUGCCGCUGACGUGUGUGCUGAUGGGCGACAGCAUCGUUUCCAACAGCUUCUACUUCGAUAACCCAGAGAAUGUGAAGAGACUGAAGGCUCGCAUAAACGAGCACACGAUGGAGCGGCAGUUAAAGUUCUUGAGUCGCACCACAUUCCUUCGCCAGGUGCGCAGUGUGAACAUCAACCUGCUGGGCUGCCUUGGAUUUGGUAGCCAGCUCUCCAAUCCAGCAGAUCAGUUAGCGCCAACCAAGUCACACUUGUGA